UAUUUUAUACUUUUGAUACACCCUGACGGUGGAAUUCAUUCCUCUUUUCCCGGCCGAUCCCAGAUCUAGGACACCGCUGAGCUAUCAGAGCACAACCAUCUACGGUGUGAUUAAAAAAAAAAAAGUAUCCGGCGGACUGCAAAUAAACCAACAAACAGCGCGCAGGGCAGAUUGAUGUCGGGAGUACAGUGAGGACGGUGGCGGGGAAGGAGUACAGUGGAUGGUCGGAGAGGAUUUAUAGUACUGACCGGCCGCACAGAGACCCGUGAAAGAAAGUGCUUUUGAUCUAUAACGGGAGCCAAAGCGAUCUGAACCCUUCAAUGGAUCUACCCGACGACGCAGUGGCUCCUUUUUCAUCUUUCCCUACCGGAACCUCUGUUGCGCUACAGGACCCGGCGCUCUGAAACAUGGAUCCCCGCGAGCAUCUCCCACCCAACUCAAUGCAACAUUAUAGUAAAAGUAAACGCCUAGAUUCGUCUAUGUAACAGUAUUCGCCCAUCUUUUCCUUUGGAAAUCACCCGUCCCAAGCAACAAACUCAGUGUUCCCCUGGGGGACGUCAAUAUCUGUCAGUAUCUGUCAGGUGACACUCAGUGAAAGCUCCAGAUUCAGUUGUCUCCGUUCACCCAAGGGAUUUCAUUAAAAAGCUACGAGGCAAGUCUUUUUUCUAAAGUCGCAUGGUCAUGAUGCUCACUUUCUCUUUGUGAUCACCGCUCCAUGCGCUUUACCCCUUAUCUGAGCUCUCUGGCCCCCACACCCUGUGUCGGACCCUGUUCCAUACACCCCUCCCCAGACCUGCCAUGCUCCUCCGGGCUACGUUGUUGCUGUUGCUGCUGCUGCAAUGUUUGGCCUCCGCCCUUGGCCAGUACAACAUGUGCAAGUCCCUGGUGAGCACGGACGAAGGCUCGGUGUGGGAGCAUUACGCAUGCCAGCCCAGUCCCGCGUCCAUGAAAGACUACAUGCGCAUCAAGGUGGAUCCGCCCGGAAUCACAUGUGGAAAUCCUCCCGAGAGGUUCUGCACUCUGGAGAACCCAUACUUGUGCAGCGAUGAAUGUGAUGCCUCCAACCCAGACUUGGCCCACCCUCCUCAGCUGAUGCAGGACCGUGAACGCAACGGCCUAAUCACCUAUUGGCAGACAGUAACCUGGGGUCGACACCCUGAGCCUCUGCUAGCCAACAUCACCAUGUCUUGGAACAAGAGUCUGGAGCUCACCGAUGACAUCCAGAUCACGUUUGAAUACGGCCGUCCCACAAUCAUGGUUCUGGAUAAGUCCAUGGACCACGGGAAGUCCUGGCAACCGUACCAGUUCUAUGCUGAUGACUGCCAAGACGCCUUUAACAUGCAGGCCAAACAAGUGCGUGACCUCUCUCCCACAAACCUCACUCGGGUCAUUUGUACUGAGCAGUACUCGCGCUGGGUUGGCUCCAAGAAUGAUAAGAACGUGAAGUUUGAGGUGAGGGACCGCUUUGCUGUGUUUGCUGGCCCUCGGCUGCAGAAUAUGGACAGCCUGUACACCCGCAUGGAAAGUAUGAAGGGACUGAGGGACUUCUUUACCUUCACCAACCUGAGGUUGAGGUUGCUGCGGCCUGCGCUCGGAGGCACCUACGUCCAGAGAGAUAAUCUGCUAAAGUACUUCUACGCAAUCUCCAAUAUUGAGGUUCCUGCAAGGUGUAAGUGUAACCUCCAUGCCUCCCAGUGCCUGCUGAUUGAAGGGAACCUCCAGUGCCAGUGUGAACACAACACCACCGGGCAAGAUUGCCAGCGAUGCAAGAAAGGCUUCAAAGCCAAGUCCUGGAAAGCAGGUUCCUACCUGCCUCCGCCAACUGGAACCCCCAACACCUGUGCAAUUGCUGGUUCGCCCUCCGGUUCUAACUGUGAGUGCUAUGGCCACUCCAACCGCUGCAGCUACAUCGACUACCUGAACAUCGUCACUUGUGUCAGCUGCAAGCACAACACCAGAGGCCAGAACUGCCAACACUGCAGACUGGGAUACUUCCGCAACGCCUCUGCCGAACUGGAUGAUGAGAACGUCUGUGUUGGUCAGUCUGCUGGGAGGCAGUGAGAGCAUGGGGAGGGGAUGAUCCAUGUGUUUGUGUCAGUAUAACAGCACAGUGCAAUUUUUCUCUUUCUCGGACACAGAGGCAGAUAAAGGGUUGGCAGAGCUUCUUUUAAAAUUAAGGCAAUUACUCAUAUGUUGUGUUUUUUGUUUGUUUUUUUUUGGAUGGAGGAAAACCUGAUCAGUAAAGCGAGGGAUAAUUUACAUUUUCAUUGCAUACUUUAACAAAUUAAACCCUUCUUUUAAAAAUUGUUUGAAAUUAACUCCAUUAAGACAUGCUUUCCAAUAUUCACAUGAACUUUACAUGUUUUAAAUAUUUUUUGUUUUUCAGAGUUUGUAGUUUGUGUGCUCUGCAUCUUAAUCAGUGUCUCUAAAUAGCCCUUAGCUAUGACUAUGUGAGUGUGUAUGGAUGGAUGGAUGGAUGGAUGGAUG